AUGGGUUACCUCGAGCUGGCCCGUGCCGGCCAAAGGGAAGCUUCCCUUUGGGUUGCUCGCUUUGACCUUCUUCGCGAACAUCUCGGAGACGAAGAGGAGCAGCGAGAAAGGGGUCUCGCCCGUCUCGCCGAGAUGAAGCGUCUGGCGGAAGAACGGGCUAAGGACACCGGAAAGGAGAGAAGGGCAAGGCUUCAGGCAAAUCUGGAGUCGCGAUACCACGCUGGGCUGCUUCAGGACAAGGCGCAUAUUGGAACGUGUCAGGGACAUGGCGGCGAUGUCGAAGAGUAUUGA